UUAUGCCGGAAGUGUCGUUCCGGUGUCUGGAUGUAGUCAUAUGCGAGAUGGUGCUGUGGACCGAAUGGAUAUUAUGAAAUAAAAUAAAUACAAAAUCUAAUGUUUCGAUGGACCCAAUCGCAAAUUGAGCAUCAUUCGCUGUAAAAUCGAUUUCGCUGAUUUAUCUUUUUUGUUUGAUAUAAUUUAUCAGUGAUUACACCCCCUCCCAACAAACGUAUUUGGCUGUGUGGCUAUGACUACGGAUUUACUAUCUGAUUUGGAUAGUCGUUUCUUCGCUGAUAACCUUCUGACAAGCGAAGAUUGGGAUGCCUGUCUGUACCAGUGCGAGAGCAUGGAGGAGGGAGAGGACGGGGAGUACACGAGACGACCAAAAUAUGAAACGUCGUUUGACAACGAUCUCGUGCUGACUCUUGAUCCCGACAAUCCCACGUCGCCGUGGAGACACCUGGAUGACAACCUUCUCACAGGUGCAGAGAUGAAUAAAACAUGGGACAGUCCCGUAUUGAAAGAUAAAAUGACGAUAACGCAGCCUUUGCCAGUGGACAUGUUGUUCCGGGUGAAGGCGGAGCCUCCCUCCCCUGCCUCCUCGCUGGCCUCAGACUGCUCCCUGACGUCACUCCCAGACUCACAGAUCACAGUGAAAGGGGAGAACCCGCCCACACCUCCUUAUAUGUUUGGAGAUGUGCUGUCGCCACCACUUGGCACAUGUGAAGUCACGUUGUCCUCGGCGCCACAGGCCCAACCACAGUCCCAUUUGCUCCCACAGCCACAGCAACAUCAGACAGCAGCCAACAAUGGCAUCAACGCACUUGCCACAGUCCACCCCACUGCGGCCACCAUCAAAGCCAGUACCAUCCUGAGCAGUAAGCCUCCCAUCCAGCCCAGGCCUGUGUGUUUAUCGGCUCUCCCCGUCCCCCAGUCUCCCAGUCCAGCCACGGCCCUCAUACUGCACAGCCUGCCUAGCAUGGACCAGAGCAGGCCAGUGGUGCUUUCCCAGUCUGUCUGUCUGGGGUCCACUCCAGCCAUCGUCAAAAUGGAGCCUGUCUCUCCCACCAUGCCUCACGGCCAUAGCCCCACAGCCCCAUUCCGCAGCAAACCCGUAGUCCCAGCGUCCUCUCUGCCAGGGAGCAAUGGCAUUGAUGUGAGUGUCUGUCAGUCACAUGUCAGUCAGUCGAUGAAGGUGAUGAAGAGGCAGCAGAGGAUGAUCAAGAACCGGGAGUCGGCGUGCCAGUCACGCAAAAAAAAGAAGGAGUACCUGCAGAACCUGGAGGGCCAGCUGAGGGAGGCGCAGCAGGAGAACGAGCGCCUCCGCAGGGAGAACCAGGCCCUGAGGGAGAGGCUUGUCGGGAAAGAGGGCAGUGAGUCUGGUAACAAUAAGAGGGCCGUCUGCGUCAUGGCAGUGCUACUGUUCAUGACUUUCAGUUUCGGCCCUGUCAGUAUCACAGACAGGAAGCUGGAGACGGGACUACAGGAAGAGGUGGUGCCUCACGCAGGAAGACGUCUCCUGGAGUUUGAGACGGCUCAGGAACACAGCAGAGUGGAGGAAAGGAUGGAUCCUGAGGAGGAGGAGGAGGAGGAGGGAGGAGAGGAUGGGUGGAAGGGAGGAGAAGUGGAGAGGGAAUCCACCGAUUCAUACCAGUUUAGGAACCUGAGUGACGUGUUCAGUGACGUGAAGGAUUUGGUCCUGCAGGACAUCGACCGCUAUUUCACCUCCAAUGACUGCAGGCAGUUCAACCGUUCCGAGUCCCUCAGGCUGGCGGAUGAGCUGAGAGGAUGGGUUCACAGGCACCAGAUCGACAGGAAGAAGUCUGGGGGGAAGCCAAAGAUGGUGAAAAAAGCUAAAAUAGCGCAGAAAGCACAGCUAAGGAAGACAAACUUCUCCAGAUAUCUUCCCAUACAGACCCAUCGUUCCAUCGAGAGUCAGAUACAAGUGUUCCCUGCCGGUCCCGAGAUCAGCUACAGUGACUUCAUGGACGCCAUCGACCGGCGUGAGGACACCUUCUACGUGGUCUCCUUCAGACGGGAUCACCUGCUGUUGCCUGCCAUCAGCCACAACAAGACCACACGGCCCAAAAUGUCCCUGGUGAUGCCGGCUAUGUCUGUCAACGAGAGUUUAUAUAACAAAUCCCAUGAGAUGAUGAUGCAGGUGGAUUGUGAGGUCAUGGACACCCGGAUCAUCCCCAUCAAAGCCUCCGACGUUCCCCCGUCCCUCCGCGACCCCCCUUCGGCUCCCCCCGCCCACCAUCACCACAGCAACCACACCUCCCUCCGAGGCCGCCACCAUCCCCACACCGGCGGAGCGGAGUCUCCACGGCAACCCUUACCCGUCAGAAGAAGGGAGGCUGAGUAUUACAUCAGCCAGGGGGGCCAGGUUUGAGGCUAUUGAAGGUGAACAAUCGAGAGGGGGAUUGGAGGAGAAAGGACAGGUAGCGGAAAACGGGACAGAGAGGGUAAUAGGAGAUCGAAUAGGUGAGAUGGGGAUGCGGACUUAAUAAGGGAGAGUUGAAAGGUUGUAGGAGGCAUAUCUGUUAUGGAAUUACGGAGGUCAUCUGUACUAAUUGAAACGGAUGUUUAACAAUGACCUUGUAGUGCCCCGAUGUUGAAACGUUGUCUCAGCAACUCAAAGCAAAUGUGUUUAUUAUACUGAAGACUCAAUAUACUAAUAGACCAAUGAGUAAUAGCCACUUUGCAAACCUGCUCUGUUUUUCAAAU